AUGUACGAUAACUUCAUCUAGCUUACCUAAGCCUAUGAUAUCUUUAAUGCUAUUGGAUUACCUGAUAUCAAUGCUUAGUUUCCAUUAGAUAUAGAUGAGAGCUACAAUUAAUUCAAUAAUAUCUUGGUUAAAGAUUACUCAAAAACACUUGGAAUUUUAAUCUAAGAGUCCUUAGUAAUGAAAAAGAACGAAUCUGAAGAUUUUAAUUAGUAGCAAAUCCAUAAUCAACUCAACUUCUAAAUAAGCAUUUAAUGUUUCUAAGAGCAGAUAUAACAUCUUUAGGAUUAGCUUACUCCUAUGGUCAGCAUAUAAAAUUCGGCUAAAUCUAUCUAUUCGAGCGAGAAAGAUUUAAAAAUAUCUGAAAAUGUUGUGGAAUACAGCUGUGAUAGCUAAUUUUAAAAUAAAAAAGUUUAGAUUGAAAUCGAUAACACUGAUAAAUCAAAAGAUUCUUAAAAUCUGACUACAGAAUUAGAUAACUUAUCAAGUAAUAUUAGAAAUCAGCAAUCUCUAUAAAUAAAUGAAAUGCUUGAUGAUCUUUUCAAUGAGAACAGCAGAUCAUCAGCAGAUAAACAGCCAAUAAAAUCAAAUUGCAGUUCCUCGGGAAAACCGAUCAAAUAAAGGAAACCGUAUGCUGCAUACGAAACACUUUAGCAAUACUAUGAGAAGAAUCCGAAUUGGUCAAAGUAAUUCAUCUACCACCUUGCAAGCCAGUUAAACCUCUCAUACAAAAAAAUUUAUAAAUGGAAUUGGGAUAGAAAAAAGAGAGAUAAAAUUGAUGUAAACACUACUUAAAAUGCUCCAAGAGUUCUACUUCACCCUCAUGAAUGA